AUGGAAAGCGAACAAAUGACGACAGUGACAACACUUAAAUGCAGGAAAGCGUAUCAGACCAUAGGUGUCUCUAGCAGCUGGAUAGCCAUCCGGAAUUACAAGGAAUGUCCGUGUUUUAAAAUGAAAGUCGAUGAAUGCAAAUGGAUUACUGAAAGACGCUGUUUUGGAACAUGGUUAAGAGGGCUGAUUAUGAAGCAAUUCAGUAAUGUUCCAUUUAUUCUGUUUGUGAUAAAAAACGGAGUGACGAACAAAGAUCAUUCUAGCGCAUAUUCAGGAUAUUCUGACACCAUUCCGCAUGUAGUGGUCGGAAGAGAGAGCGUCACUGAAUUGUGUCAAGCCAUAAGACAAAAGACGCCCCAGUCGUCCGGUCGAUACAAUGAGCCCAUCAACCAGUCUGGCAAGCAGUACUCCGCUCGGUGCUACACAUUUCAAUGCACUCAAUUCACUUAUCGCUUUCAUCCAACGACACUUUUUGUGGGAAAAGAAUCUAUUUUGAAUGGAUUAUGUCUGUCUGUUGUCAUCUAUCCAUUCGUUCAUUUCUCACACAAUAACAUGAGAAGCAAUAUUUCUGCAAAAAUUCAAAGAAAUCUUGAUUUUGCAACGAAUAGAAGACAGAAAUAUAUUUGUUUAAGUUAA